GUUUGCUUGUUUCAGUGAUCACUCUGAGUGACCAUCCCAGGGGGCUAGCCUAGGUGACCAGCCUAGUUGAGCAACAAUUAAAGCCAAGACAAAAAUGUUGGAGGAAGAUGUUUACUAUACUAGCACCAAGGAGGAGGAUACAGAGGAGGAAGAAGAAGACACCACUGCCACUGCCAGGAAUCUUAAAGUUAGAAAUGAUAACAGCAAAUGGAGUGGCAGGGGGAAUCUGACAACACCACAUGGUUUAUCUGUUACCACAUGGGACUGCUGGGUGAAACAUAAUAACUGGCAGCCAAGCAGUGAGAACUAUCAUCAGCCUGUGCCUAGAUGCAGCACUCGAGUCACACCUCACCUCCUUGUUACUACAUUAGCAGAAUUUCCUUAUCUCAGUGCCACCCUCCAAGAGCUUGAGGAGGAAAAACUUCUGGAACCUCUAAGUGUACAAGAAAUAAUUUCACAGCAUGAGGAUAUAUUUUCCUUUAAUGGAAAUGUUGUGCAGUUGACACCAUGUGUAAGUAUCUGUUCUGCACACUCUGGACCAGUGGGAUGCCAGGUCUCAUCUUGUAAUAAUGUGCAUAUUUGCCCAAAGUAUGUUAAGGAUUGGUGUAGUGACAAGAGUUGUCCACUGGGUCAUAAUUGGCACACCAGUCGAAAUAUGAGAGUUCUUUCUCGUUUGUAUCUUGAGAUGCUUACUUUUGUAACACUCAAAAAGCUCUUCAGGUCUACUUGUAGGAAGGCCCUUAAUGGUGUUGAGGGCCAGCUGGAUGUGUGCCGUGGCUACAAUGAAGGAGGCUGUGGCCAGUCUGAUUGUGGGGCACUCCAUGUAUGCUUGAGCUUUCUCAAGGGAUUAAAGGGAUGUUCUGAUGAUGUCUGUCAACUUAACCACAAUCUGCUCAGUCCUGACUGUUGUCAGCUACUGAAGGCUCAUGGCUUCUCUACUAAUGAAGCCCCACGGGACAUUGUGAUGGCACUCUUCUCCACAAAUCCCACCUUUGCAGGGCUUGCCAAGGAUCUACAACCUAUCACGGCUUUAAAAAAUACUCAUGACAGAGUAAUGGAGGAAGAUCAGUGUGACCCCCUCUGGUCACUUUCAGAAGACUGCAGUUGGAACAAGAAUGAAGAGGAUGGAGUUGAGUACUACAGUGAAGAUGAAGAUAAGUGGGGAGCAAGAAAAACUGAGAACUGGAGAGAAUGUGUCCCAAGUAAGCCUGGCCAGUCACAACAAUCCCAGUCCUACUGUGGUGGUUCUGAAGACACAGAAGAGAAGAACUGGCGGCAGAAUUCUAGACAGGAUAAAUCUCCAAGAUACAAUUGGAGUACAGUUUUUAAUCGCAAAUACCAAACACAAUGUGAUGAAAAUGUGUACAGUGUUAAACUCACCCCUCGCCUCCUUGUUGAUUACUUGGUGGGAUAUCCAAAAUUUUCUGCAAGUCUCUCAGAACUUAUAAAAGAUAAGGGCCUGCAUCUGCUAAAAUUGCAAGAAGUUGUGUUGCAAAAUAAGAGAAUAUUUAAUUUAAACAACAGCUUAGUUCAGCUGAAACCACAAGUUAACAUCUGUGAAGCACACUCAAGCCCGGACGGGUGUCAUAAGGAUUUUCCAUGCUCUGAUCUACAUAUCUGUCCUGGUUAUGUCACAGGUUCCUGCCAAGAAAACAUGUGCUCUUUGGGACACAAGUGGUCAGUGAACCACAAUAAGACUAUUCUUCAGGCACUCUUUAUUGACUGGCUUCCUUCUCGAAUUCUUAUGAAGCUUAUCAGACUAAAUAUGAAGAGCUCUCAUGCAUGUCAGUUAGGUGUUUGUAGAGGCUACAAUGAAGGAGGCUGCAGCCAGUCUGACUGUGAGGCUCUCCAUAUAUGUCUUAGCUUUGUGCUGGGGUUUACAAGAUGUUCCAUUGAAAACUGUCAACUAAACCAUGAUCUACUGAGUCCUAAAUGUUGUCAACUACUGAAGACUAAUGGUUUUUCUACCAAUGAGACUCUACGGGACAUUGUAAUAGCUCUGCUCUCAGCAAACCCCACGCUCACCAAGGAUGAACAGUCUAACAGUGGGCAAAACAAAAAUGACAAAACAAUAAAACAUCCAUUAAAAAUUAAAACAUGUGAAAAAGAAAUCCAUAAAUGCUCUAUGAAUGUGGAAAAGAAAACUAUGAUACAGAAUGUUGGUAAAAAAUCAGCUGAUAUGAAAGCUAAUGUUGAGGACUUCAAAAAUGAGGUCAGACUAUAUUCUAAUGAAAGUAAAGUUAAGAGUGACAUACUGACAAACACAGAACAUGGCUCAAAAACUUCAGAAAUGUAUAAUAUACCUUCAAAAGCAGAAAUCCAUAAAUGCUCUCUGAAUGUGGAAAAUAAAACUGUGAUACAAAAUGGUGGUAAAAAAACAGUUGAUAUGAAAGCUAAUGUUGAGGACUUUAAAAAUGAGGUCAGACUAUAUUCUAAUGAAAGUAAAGUUAAGAGUGACAUACUGACAAACACAGAACAUGGCUCAAAAACUUCAGAUAUACAAGCUAAAUUAACACUUUGCAUGCCUGCAGAUUCAACUAAAACAAUAGCUGUCAAGAACUUCCGUACAACUCGUUGGUCACAUGAUUUAAGAGGAGAUGUUUCUAUACCAGAAAUUUGUUAUUACUCAGUAGAAAAGAAGUGUAUGUAUGAAAAAAGUGGAUGCCAGCGACUCCACUCAAAACAGCAUUUUUACUGGCAGGUCAGUAAACAAAGAAGUCAUUGGAUGAACCUACACCUUAGUCAGGUGAUUUCCUUGGAGCGGGCCUACUGCGACCCUUCACAAGCUGGAGUUAACCUUCCUUGCCUUGAUUCAGGUAACCUUGAGGUCCCUUUUAUGGCUCUUAAUAUUCUGUUGGGUCGUGACAUUUUGUAUGCAGAUUUUAAAGCAAUGAAUUUGACCAACUCGUCCAAAACAAAGAUCCUUUACAUUCGUCGGCUAUGUACUGAGGCAGUCUCUGACCAAAUUAUAAAAGCUAGCUGUUAUACUUGGUAUUUCCUAGAUAAUUACAACAAAUGGAUUCCUUAUGGUAAAGUAGAUACUUCAGGAGAAACAAAAUUUAUUAGUAACAUAACUUCAGAUUACAUUGAGAAGCACUAUCUUCAGAGCCCAUCUGGAUCUUUUGCUUUUAAAAAUUCAAAAUUUUCAUACAUUUUAGACUUGAAUAAGAUGUUACAAAUAAAUCAGAUGACUAAAAAUUCUCGUCAAGUAAUCCGGCGCCCAGAAAUGCAUCUAGAUAGAAUAAAGGGAUCCCAGAACAAACCCAAAGACAGCAGAUCCCAAACAAGGUAUGAUAGUUAUUUCUGUCCUCAGCAAAUCCAAACAUAUAAUAGUGGCUCUUGCUCAGCAAAUAAUAAUGAUGACACAUUGACCAGCAGAGAAGAGCAGACAAGAAUGGCAAGACCAGUAAAGCCCAGUAAACCAGAAUGGCUAAAACAGACUAGCAGACCCAAAAUAGAUAAUAGUAAUGCAAUGACCAGUAGUACUCAGCUGAUAAACAUGUUUCAUGUAACUGGAGGAAUUCAGCAGACCAAGAGGCUUGACACAAUGACCAGCAGACCCCUGUAUACCAGAACAGGUAACACUUAUGAAAACAGCUUAAUAAAAGAAUACAUUGAAUAAAGAGCUCAGCAGACAAGGGUGACUGGUAACAACUAGAAGAGUCCAGCAGACAUGGAUUGACACAAGAACCAGCAGAUCCAAGUAAAUGAGAAUGAAUAGCACUAUCAUUAAAGGAGCCCAGUAGAUUAUAAGUGGCACAUUGACUAGUAGAGUUCAGGAUAAAUGACACUGACCAGCAGAAUACAGUACACCAGUAUGAUUUACAUAAUGGCUAACAGAGCCCAGCAGACCAGGAUUACUAGCACAAUAACCAAAGAUACUAAGAAACCAAAAUACAGUAUUUGGUACUAUUCAUAGCAGAACUUAGAAAAAUAAGAGACAUAGGUAAGUGCACUGUGACCAGCAGAACAUAGCAAACCUAUAUAAAUCACACUGCAGUCAUCCCAGCAUACAAUGAUCUAAACUGUUAGUGACUCAGGCACUGAUGGGAGCAUGUGACUGUAACUUUUACUAAAUAUGACCAUUGUGUAAGAUCAGCUAGUAAGAUCAACCCUUUAUGAACUAAUGCACAAUCCUUAAAUUCAAUUACUUUUUAAAAUCAGUGCUCUGGAACACAUACAUGACCUUAGAUCAAAUAAUACUAUCACACAGACUACACUGAUGACUACUCUCACCCUGAGAGUGGGAGGGCGGGAAGUGUUAUUAUUGUAAACCGGCCUGAUGGCACUGUUCAAAUUCAAAUGAUUUAUUUAUUUCUUUGCAAGUAGUACAUUGAGAUUAUGUAUUUACAGUAAUGGGUUGCAAUGCAAAGAGAGCCUCUAUUAUGCCUAGGCAUCAUGAUCCGACUUAAUUUAAUGGCUUACUGACUACUUAACACUAAAGAAAUUUAUCAUAGUUGUACAGUAGUUCUAUGAUAGAGAGGUGUAUUAAAAUUAAUAACUUGGUGUCCACCUUACAAACUGAGCUGUUUGCCAUACUUGUUGCUAUCAAGCUUGUGAAGACUGUGACCACAUAGUGUAAUUGUAACGGACUCUCUUUCCUCGUUACUUAGUCUAAAUAGCCUGAGACCUGAAUGUAUGCUUGUGUAUGAAGUUAGACACACAUAUGCACAAAUUAUUAAGAAAGGGAUUGCACUUAAAUACUGACCAGAAUUCCUCCCAGCUGUCUCCUGGACUAAAUGUUGGUAGACAUAACUCUGGGAGUUUGGGCAAAGACCUGGCAUUUACAUUACUACACUGGUCAGCUGCAAUAUUUACACAUUUCAAUUUAAUUAAUACCUCACUUUUACAUGAUAGUGUUUUCUUCUAGUUCAUAAUGCUGAUUAAUGAAUAAUUCCCUUUCAUUAUCAUCUGUACAAUUCAUCAACAUAUCUCCUACAUAUUCUGUGUAACACAAUUUAUAUGACACCUACCUAUUCUCUAAUGAUUCCAAAUAUAAUUCUAAAUUAACCUUAUUCACAGUUUCUUAUUUAUUUAUUUAUUUAGAAAUUUUAGCAUACAUACAGAGGUACAAAAAAAUACAGGUAAGAGCAGCAUGCCAAAGCCACUUAUAUGCAUAGCAUUACGGGCUGGCUUAAAAUUAACUUAAGAUUAACUAAGCAAUGAUGAAAUCAGUGAUAAGACAUUAUUGUAAACAGAUAUCUAUAAAGCACAAAUGAGUAUUACAAAGACAGGUCAAAUGGUUGCAUGCAUUGCUGUUCAUUCAGUAGAAUGGAGUAUUCUGUUAGGUAGUGUAUUUAAAAAAAUAACAAAGUUAGAUUGGGUCCUAGGUUUAACAUUUAUGUGAUAUAAUUGUGAGUAACAUUUUGGAUAUACAAUUUAUAAGGUUCAGUUAUUCAGUAUUUAUUUGGUUUUGAGUGAGUAAGUGAACUUUGAGAAGAGACUUGAAUUUAUAAACAGGUAGUGUUUCUUUUAUAUUUACAGGUAAUGAAUUCCAGAUUUUAGGGCCUUUUAUGUGCAUUGAGUUUUUGCAUAGCGUGAGAUGGACACGAGGAACAUCAAAGAGUGAUCUGUGCCUUGUGUUAUGGUCAUGUUUUCUGUUGAGGUUGGCAAGGAGAUGUUUGAGGGGAGGGUUAAUAUCAGAGUUAAGUGUUCUAUGUAUGUAAUAGGUGCAAUAAUAUGUAUGGAUGUUUUGUAUGGUGAGUAGGUUGAGUGUUUUGAAUAUUGGUGGAGUGUGUUGCCUGUAGUGAGAAUUUGUUAUCAUUCUAACUGCAGCCUUUUGUUGGGUAAUUAGUGGUCUGAGAUGGUUAAUUGUUGUUGAGCCCCAUGCACAAAUUCCAUAGGUGAGAUAGGGGUAAAUAAGAGAGUGAUAAAGGGCCAGGAGGGCUGACUGUGGAACAUAGUACCGUAUCUUCGAUAGUAUGCCUACAGUCUUGGAAAUUUUCUUAGAAAUUUGUUGUAUAUGUGUAUGAAAUUUGAGUCUAUUAUCGAGGUGGAUUCCUAGGAAUUUUCCCUCUGUUAGCUUUGUGAUAGGUGAUCCGUUUAUCGUUAUGUUAAGAGGUACAUCUGUAGCUCUGUUACCAAACUGAAUGAAGUAGGUUUUGUCAAUGUUUAGUGUAAGUUUGUUAGUCCUCAUCCAGGUAGAUAUUUUCUGUAAUUCGGUGUUUACAGUAUUGGCUAGCGUGACUGGGCUCGGGUGAGAGAAGAUGUAUGUAGUGUCAUCUGCAAAAAGUGUGGGUUUGAGUAAUUGCGAAGCAUUUGGUAGGUCAUUUAUGUAUAGGAGAAAGAGAAGAGGGCCAAGGACACUUCCCUGUGGGACACCAACUGUAAUUGGUUGUGCGGAAGAGCUUGCCCCAUUUGCGUACACAUAUUGGCUUCUGUUGCUGAGGUAAGACUUGAGGUAGUUGAGGGAGUGCCCUCUAAUACCAUAGUGUGACAAUUUUACGUGGAGCAAGUCAUGGUCAACUGUAUCAAAAGCUUUACGUAAGUCAAUGAAGAUCCCCAGUGGGACUUCUUUUUUCUCUGUUGCAGUGUAUAUAUGUUCUAGCAUGUGUAUAAUAGCAUCAUUAGUAUUUUUAUUAGGCCUGAAUCCAAAUUGGCAGGGGUUGAGGCAUUUAUUAUAAGCUCUGGUCACAUGACCCUUUUUUGCAUUUAAUGAUGCCUUUAUAGCUUUAGUACCCAUGUGAUAAAUGAUUUUGAAAACCGACAAGUUGAAGAAAAGUUUCGCCACACAGUGGCGAAACGUUGCAUAUGUUGCAUAAGUGUCUCAAUAUUUAAUACCCAUGGAUUUUCCAUGUGCAUUAAAUACACUAACCUCAUCCAUGGCUCCAUUAUGUACAGUGGACCCCCGGUUAACGAACUUUUUUCAUUCCAGUAGUAUGUUCAGGUGCCAGUACUGACCGAAUUUUUUCCCAUAAGGAAUAUUGUGAAGUAGAUUAGUCCAUUUCAGACCCCCAAACAUACACGUACAAACGCACUUACAUAAAUACACUUACAUAAUUGGCAGCAUUUGGAGGUGAUCGUUAAGCGGGGGUCCACUGUAUUAGACUCAAUUAAUGAACACUGGUUAUACAAAUUAUACAAUGAGACACUGGGUAUAAUUAUUACAAUAUGUUCCAAAUAUCCUAGCCAAAUAUUUCCUGGCUUAGCAAAUUAAUAUAUAAUUAUUAUUAUAAUCAGAAAGAAGACAAUUAUCAUUCCUAGCCUUAACUGGGCUUAGCAAAUUAAUAAUUAUAGCAGUUACAAUACUAGCCUUUCUGGGCUUAGCAAUUAAUUUAUAUAAUAAUUACACAAAAUCCAAUAAUAUUACAAAUGUAUAAGAAAUACAAUUCCAGCCCCACUGGGCAUGGAAAUUCAAUUAAUUGUGGCAACUAUAAUCCACUACACAAACACCAUUAAUUAAUUAAAUUGUUUUCAGUUAUAUGUGAACCCAACAAUCCAUUUCUUUCAGUCAAAUCAUUAAAUUAAAUUCUCACUGAUUACAGAA